AUGGGCCCCAGUACCGCCUCCUCAUGCUGCUGCCAGGCCCCUAAUCUGCCAUGGGCCCCCGUACCGACUCCUCAUGCUGCUGCCAGGCCCGUAAUCUGCCAUGGGCCCCCGUACCGCCUCUUCAUAGCUGCUGCCAGGCCCCUAAUCUGCCAUGGGCCCCCGUACCGACUCCUCAUGCUGCUGCCAGGCCCGUAAUCUGUCAUGGGCCCCUGUUGUCGCUUGUUGGCAUAUUCCGCUCGUUCAGAUGCUCCUUCUCCUGCUACUCCUCUACACGGAUUCCGUCAGCAGUCUUUCUUGGAAUCCGUUUCCAAGAGACAACAGUUUGCGAGCACGCACCCGACGGUGCAGAAGCUGAACGUCCUCCUGUC